GAGAUUACGCACCUCGAAUACACCAAGGCUGGUUGACUGGAAUGUGGACGGCCCAGUCUGGAAAAAAAGAUCAGGACUACAAGCACGAGUCUGUGAAGUACUGACAGAAACAUGGAGGAAGUCAUGAGCAGGCUGCAGACAUUGAGUGCAGAUCAACUACGGCAGGAGAUUAUCGGGGCAGGGCUGAAGUGUGGCCCCCUUACCCCCACUACAAGAGCCAUCUUUGAGAGGAAGCUGGCCAGAGCCCUCCUGGAGAAGCAAGGAGGGGAUGGAGGGGUGACUGAUAGAGGUAGCUCCUCCAAUACAGAGUCUAAUGGACCCACAACGAACAGAGUAGAAACUGACCACAAUCUGGAACUCAAAUCAUCAGCAGAGGAGGGUAAAGAGACAGAGGAAUUGGAUGAACCAGAAUAUCCCCUUGUUUACUAUGGUGUAUGUCCUCAUUGGGAGGAGUCAGUGGUAGCUGAUGGUAACGAGCGGAGGACAGAGGAGCCUCUUAAAGAAGAAGUUACAGGCAGCCCUAUCGCAGGGGGAACUUCACCUGUGAACCUGGAGAGGGCCAAUGAUUUCCGUAGCCCGCGCACCCAAGACCUGACAGCCAAGCUGAGGAACGCUGUGGAGAAGGGGGACAAGGAAGCCUUCAGCAGGCUGGUCUGGGCCAACCCACGCUACCUCAUUGGAUCUGGAGACAACCCCACCAUCGUCCAUGAAGGGUGCCAUUACAAUGUUCUGCAUGUGGCGGCCAAAGAGAACCAGUCAGGGAUGGUCCAGCUCCUCCUGGACACCCUGGAGAGUCCAGACUUCAUGAGACUCAUGUAUCCUGAUGACCAGGAGGCCAUGUUACACCAACGCAUCCGCUACCUCGUUGACCUGUACCUCAACACACCUGACAAAGCAAGCAAUGAAACUCCUCUUCACUUUGCCUGUAAGUUUGGAUGUCCAGACGUGGUCAACGUGCUGUGUUGUCAUCCUGCUACUGACAAACAGCGGCAGAACAAGUACAACCAGAAGCCCUCUAGUGUGAUAUGUGAGAGGAAAAACAAAACCCCUGUCAUAAAAAAGAAAAUCAAGGAAUAUUUGGAGGAACGGUGCUAUGUUCCCUUGCUGAGGGAUACCAACAACAGCUUCCAGCCUGUGAUUGGCUUGCCAUGGUCUCCAAGCCCAUUGGAGGUGGAUUUUAAUUAGCUGGGAUCUGCAGUGGUCAGGAGUCCCAUAGAGCCAGUCAUGACUGUGAAAGUUUUUGUGGGACCACUCAGUCCUUCUAAGGCAGAUGAGUUCCACAGACUAAGGAGAAUUCCACCCAGGGUUCGAGCAGAGUAUUUCCACCGUAUUCUCAAAUCUGACCCUGAACGGGGAGCAGAGCGUGUGGGGAGGGAGAUUGCACAUGACAUGGGGCAUCCUUGGGCAGAGUACUGGGACUUCCUGGAUAGCUUCCUUGACCUGUCUACAGAGGAGGGACUGAGGAGGUUAGAGGAGUAUCUGGAUAGGAAGGAUAUGGGAAGACAGAGGGGACUGGUGCUGGAUUUAAAACAUCAACCCCCUCCAAAGAGGAGCAGAACCAGAGCCAUGUCCCAAUCAACAACAUCAUGAAUGACAGAAGGUCUCCAUCAAAGGAGAAAAGUUCCCAGUCUCCUGUGUGUAAACUGCUGCCAGAUUUGGAGAAAUCUAGCCUAAAGGAUGGCUCUGUCCAAGUGGAGGACCAGGAGGAGGUAAAGUGUUGAGGGCCGUCUGGCUCCCUCUGUACCCAGGAAAGAGAGCCUGGACCUGGGGGAUGACAGUUUCUGGAGGACCUGGGAGGGGAGCCAGGGGAAGAGGCAGGUAGAGGAGCUCUCCAACCCCAGCUCAGAGGAGUAUCUGACAGCAGAUGAGGGAUCAGACUCUGAGUGCCCAGGUAGUCCCAGAGAUGGGCGAGACGGGAGAAGAGAAAGUAGAGGCUCAGGAUCCUCUAGCGCAUCUUACAAAUCCACGAAGGGAGACGCCUUGAAAGAAACAAUUCUGACAACCGACACCCCUAUAAAACGAAGACAGGAACUGUUCAUGGACGGGGAAUCUCCCACCAAGUUGGACAGUGAGGUCCUGUCUGCAAUGAAUAACAUAACACCCCUGCAUUACUAAGUGGAGGAACACCAUUAUGGCCUAUCCCUCUUCACAGUGGCUAAGCUGGCCAAGGCCGACAAGGAGGAAAAGCUUGACUGGGACACCAAACUGUUCUCCCAGCAGGCUCAGCUUUUGCAGCCCCCCACACUCCUGCUCAGAGCUGUUACACCCACACCAUCCUCUGCAGGACCCUCUUCCGCUCCCCAAACUGACACAGGGAAACCACAAGAAAACAGGAUGUCACGUCCCAGGAUCUGAAGGUGGUGUUGCACAUACAAAAGGGAAAGUUGGCCAACAUCCUGCACCACCACAGCAGGUCCAUAGUCUAACAACUGACUUUAUAACCCAGGCAGUCCUUAUUUUACCCUUGUGCUGGUUUCCAUUUGUACAACUCUUUCGACUGUUCUCUGCAAGGCACUGCUCCACUUAACACUAUUACCUUAACAGGUAGCUAUUCAACAGCACUAAUGCUGCCUGCCUACAUGCAUGUCCUCAAUGCAAGCAUUCUCUUCUGGCGGAUAGCAUAGCUACAGAUUACACAUGGAGUGUACACUUUUCCCAGUGCCUAUGUAAUGUGUGUAUAUACAAGAUGCUUUAUACAGGAAAUGUUCAAAUAAUGCUUUUGUAUUGUUUUUCACUAUUACCUUAUUCCAGAGAUACAUUUGGAGAGUUUUAAUUUAUACCUAUACACAAGAAGAAUGAUUAUGGCUGUGUUCAGAUAACCGUUUAUUCAUAAAAUGUAAUAAGCAUGAUCAAAUAAAUCAAUUUACUAUGAAAAGAUA